CUUGUCUGGAAAAGAUCGAAAAACCCUUCAACUCUUCACACGCCUUCAUUACCUCGAAAUUCCAUAUCAAAAUACCAAGCCAAUUACGAAAAGAACACCAAGACUCAACAUCAUCAAAAUGUCUGUUCCCAAGGUCCUCGUCGUUCUCACCUCUCACGACAAGCUCGGUAACACUGGCAAGCCUACUGGAUGGUACUUGUCCGAAUUCGCUCACCCCUAUGACGUCCUCAACUCCGCCUCCGUCUCCCUAACCGUCGCCUCUCCUCGCGGCGGUCUCUCCCCCGUCGCCCCCGGCUCCAUUGAGGACGCCAAGGACGACGAAAUCAGCCAGAACUUCAUCAAGUCGGAAACCACCAAGCCCCUUUUCGAACAGACCCGUCCCCUCUCCGAGUUUGUCGGCAACCCCUCCGCCAUUGCCCCCUACUCGGCCAUCUUCUUCCCCGGCGGCCACGGCCCCAUGUACGACUUGCCCACCUCCCCCGAGUCCCAGCAGCUCAUUCGCGAAUUCUGGGAGGCGGGCAAGGCCGUGGCUGCUGUGUGCCACGGUCCUGCGGCGCUGGUGAACGUGAAGCUUAGCGAUGGAAGCCACUUGCUCAAGGGCAGAAAGGUGACGGGUUUCACGAAUGUGGAGGAGGAUCAGGUUGGCCUGACUCAGGUGAUGCCCUUCCUUUUGGAGGAUAAGUUGAAGGAGGCUGCCGGGCCCGAGGGAGCGUUUGUGAAGGCCGAUCAGCCAUGGGGCGAGAAGGUGGUUGUUGAGGCGGACGGAAGGUUGAUCACGGGCCAGAACCCUGCUUCUGCUAAGGGAGUUGGUGAGGCUAUUGUGAAGUUCAUUAAGGCUCAGAAGUAAUUCUCUUGGACUUUUGGGAGAGUAAUGGUUUAAUCUGUUUUAGACGCUGGGAUGCUUAGCUGGAUACGACUAGUUACGAAUACCUCUUGAUGGAAUUGAGUCAACUUUGUUGUUAUAUCUUGAAUGGCAUGUUAAUACAUGACUGCAAACAGAGCUGUGGUAUCUUCUAACGCUGGGUUGAUAAUUGC